AGAGCCAUUUUCAUUCAGCACAUUGAAAGGACUCUCUGCAUUGCAUGGGGAUUAUAAAACAUUCCCCGGGCAAUUAAGCGCAUAUCUCAGUAAAAAGAAAUCUGUAUUUUGUUUUGAGUAGAAUUGAACAGAAUUCUUUCAUUUGUUGGAAGCACAAAGAUAUACGCAAAGAUAUUUUAUUCGUAUUUCUCAUAGAUUUGACAUCAGGAAUGAGUAUAGAAAUUCCUGAAGGAUUGACGGAGCUGUUGCAGAGCUUUACCGUGGAAGUGCUGAGGAAUCAGCCGGGAGAUUUGCUCGAGUUCGCUUUGCAGUAUUUCACCCAACUGAAGGACAGUGAAAUUAGAGGAGCCGCGUUUGGCAAUGACCAAAAUUCGGCCACGAGACCCAGUGGGAAAGCGGUCAAUUUCAUUGAGGAAGCCAUGCAGAUUGAUUCUGAAAAUGGAGAGGAGGAGAGUGACGACGAGGAAUUCACAGCUCCUGUGAUGAGUCGAUUUAUUAGAAGAGCAUCAGUGUGUGCCGAGGCAUUCAACCCUGAUGAAGACGAGGAGGACAAAGAGCAGAGGCUUUCCCAGGUGACCCACCCUAAAACAGACGAGCAGAGGCAAAGACUACAGGAGGCCUGCAGAGAUAUCCUCCUGUUUAAAAACCUGGACCCGGAACAAUUUUCCCAAGUACUUGAUGCCAUGUUUGAGAAGUUCUUUGAGGUAGGAGAGCACAUCAUAGAUCAAGAUGACGAUGGGGAUAACUUCUAUGUCAUAGAAAGAGGGAUAUUUGAUAUCUGCAUGAGGGUUGAUGGCAUUGAGAAGACUGUGGGAGCCUAUGAUAACCGGGGGAGCUUUGGAGAGCUGGCCCUGAUGUACAACACCCCCAGGGCUGCUACCAUCAUAGCCACCUCGCCCGGAGCUCUCUGGUGCCUGGAUCGUCUGACAUUCAGGAGGAUCAUUGUAAAGAACAACGCGUUGAAGAGGAGACUUUAUGAGGAGUUCAUUGAAUCACUUCCAUUCCUUACAUCACUAGAGCUUUCAGAGAGAAUGAAAGUAGUGGAUGUGCUGUCUUCUAAACCAUUCAGCGAUGAAGAACAGAUCAUCUCUCAGGGUGAUCUAGCAGAUUGUUUUUAUAUAGUUGAAUCUGGUCAAGUUAGAAUCACCAUGAAAAGAAGCAGGACGAAAAAAGACCAAGAGGAUGAGGAGGUCGAUAUAGCCACGUGCUCAAGGGGGCAGUACUUUGGAGAACUGGCUUUGGUCACGAACAAACCCAGAGCUGCUUCAGCUUUUGCUGUGGGAAGUGUUAAAUGUUUAGUUAUGGAUGUCCAGGCAUUUGAGAGGUUGCUGGGCCCCUGCAUGGACAUCAUGAAGAGAAACAUUGCAAAUUACGAAGAUCAGCUGGUCACGUUGUUUGGAAAUAGCACCACUGACAUUGAGGGAAAAAACCUAUGAAAUCCAGAAAGGGAAAAAAGACUAAGGGAGAUGCACUAUGAAGAAGAUGUGAAAAACCAGGAUAACACUUUACUUGACACCCAGCAUCAUAACACGUUAUGACAUGGUCAUAAACAUGUCAUAUGUCAUAAUAACAUGGUCAUAAUACUGUCAUGACCCAUAUAGUUACACCUGUUGUGACAUAUAUUGCGUUAUUUUAUGGCUGGUUAUGACACCUACAUCAGAAUGUUUUUGUUUUUUCCCUGCCAAGAAGCUUCCUUUUUUUUUUGUCUCUGUCAUAUUUUUAAAAAAUUGCAGAAAGUGCACUUUAUGACACUGUAAUGAAGCAUUAUGCCCAUCCUGUGUCACUUUAAUCGGACUAAGAAAAUACUCUUUAUGACCCUGUGAAGAAGCAUUAUGACUAUCAUAAUCAUAUACGCCAGAAAGGCCUAUCACGUACAUACAUGCCCUUAUGUCAGUCAUCAGUCAAAAGGGUGUCUUGUCCUGCUCCUGUAUUCAUCUCAGUCAUCAGCACAGAGCAUUGGGUAGGGAUGUCUGACAUCAAUGUGUGGACAGUUACAAUGAUAAUUUAAUAUGGUCAAUUUCAUAAAAUGUUAUAUAACAUAAACAUACUGUUGACAAGUAAGCUUUGGUGUAGUAAUGGAAUGUUUUGCCUUGUGUGGUAGGUUUUGUGGGUUUUAACACUCUUAUGUAGGUGUCAUAACCAGCCAUAAAAUAAUGCAAUAUAUGUCACAACAAGUCUAAAUAUGUGUCAUGACAGUGUUACAGCUGUUAUGACAUAAUGACGCUGGGUGUCAAAUAAAGUUGCCGAAACCAGUGAGUAGUAUUGUUUUCCGUUCAGAAAAUGUGAAACACAGUAUGUUACCAUUAGUGAUUUAGAUAGGGUAAGACAAAAUGUGUACGUUUGAUUCUAGACGACACAAUGGUAUGUUUUAAAGGAUUUUGUCUGGGAGUAAUAUUUUUAUUGAAAGAAAGAUCCGUGUUAAAUCCAAAAUGUAAAUGUUAAUUUGUUCUGUCCUCAACUUUUUCCUCUUAGAUUUUCUACAAGUGUGCAUUUUAUUGAAUUUAUCACAUUUUGACACUGUUUGUAUAAUGAUCACUAUAACGUUAUAGAUGAUAUAUAAAUUGUCCUUUCAAAUAUUCUGAUAUCAUAUUUCAUCAUGUGCCAAAGGCCAUUCAAAUCCUUGGUAGAUUAUGAUGGUGUCAUCAUAACAUCACAGUAAUUAUCGCAUUUCACAGUUAAGAGUUUUUUGUUAAUAAUUUGAUAUUCUCAUGUUGAUGUAUCUUUUAGCAAGGGGGAUCAUGCAUUUAAUAGGAUACAGAACUAGGUCCCUUUGUUUCAACAUGGUGGAAGAAACAAACAAUCUUGUCAUCAGAAAAUAAGGGAAAAAGAGAUCUUCUUUCUACAUCAGAGAAUGUAAAUUUACUUAUGGAAGCAUAGUCCUUUUUUCAUAGCAAAUGUGUCUCCUCAAACAUGUGAUUCAACUCCCUGAACAUGUCUGUGAACAAACUGUAAUACAUUAUUCACUGUGUGCUUUAAGAAACAGUUAAUAAUGCCAUACAUUUGCACAACAAAAUAAUCAUAGUUUUGUAAGAAUAUAAAUACAGUUGGCUGACCAACUUUGAGCUCUUGAAUCCUCUAAGCUGCAGCACUAGACACUAGUUACCAUACCGGUAAUUUGGUAUUUGAACCAUUAUUGUUUUUAAUGAGCUAGUUUAUUUCCUUGUGUUUCUCAUUUUCAAUGUACAACAUUAAUUAUUAAAUGCAACUGUUCUCGUGUGCCAGUGAAACAUAAUAAUAUGCAGUUUUAAGCCAUGACUUCAAGGACAUUGAUAAGAUGUGUCCAAAUGACACCCUAUUUCCUACAUAAUGCACUGCUUUUGACCAAAGCCCUAUGGGCCCUGGUCCAAAGUAGUGCACUAUAUAAGGAAUAGGGUUCCAUUUGGUACACAGCCAUAGUUAUAUUGUAUUUAUUGCUGUCUACCUCUACAUAAAUGGCAAACAACCUGUAACUUUUGGAAAACGUGCACAAUGGUCCCAUGCUUUCUCAAUUAGCAGCCUCUCUCGCUCUCUGUCUCUCAAUUCAACUCAAUUCAAAGGGCUUUAUUGGCAUGAGAAACAUAUGUUUACAUUGCCAAAGCAAGUGAAACAGAUAAUAAACAAAAAUGAAAUAAACAAUCAGAAAUUAGCAGUAACAUUACAUUUACAAAAGUUUCAAAGGAAUAGAGACAUUUAAAAUGUUAUAUUAUGGCUAUGUACAGUGUUGUAACAAUGUGCAAAUAGUUGAAGUACAAAACUGAAAAUAAAUAAACGGAUAAAUAUGGGUUGUAUUUACAAUGGUGUUUGUGAUUCACAGGUUGCCCUUUUCUUGUGGCAACAGGUCACAAAUAUUGCUGCUGUGAUGGAUCACUGUGGUAUUUCACCUAAUAAAAAUGUGAUUUGUUUUCCAAUUC